AUGACUGCGUUGGAGUAUGCGGCUUUACAUAUGAAGAAGACAUCGCCUAUAUUAGUGGUUAAUCGGUCCCAGUCGACUCCGAAUGUGGAUGGCCCAUCGUCGCGACCCGGCCCGGAGAAGAAGAUGGGCAUCCGGCGCAAGAAUUCGGACAAGUCUGGGGGAAAUACUGGGCGAGCGAACAAACGUGUUUACUCAGUUCGAGCUGAAGAAUUUUCUCCGUAUUACCCCCCUUUGAGUCCCCGGCCGCCGGCGCGUACUACGACUUUCAGUAGUAGCGCGAAGCCCGGUGAUUCGCAGCCCCCAAGAGAUUGGCGCCCGGGUGAUUCUCAUGCCCCCCUUGAGACUCCUCCUAGCCCCAAACCGAAUGACUCCCCCACGAAUGAUCCGAGUGCUGGCAGUCCCCGCGUAUCUUACUUGGACUCCACUGCCGAGGUCAGCGCCUCUCCCGCGGUCUCGACGAGCGCUGAAGGCAGCCCCAGGUCUGCAGCGCUUCCCUCCGAAUUACUAUCAGGACCAACGAUGACUGAUAGUCAGUCCCCAGACCCUGCCAAUUCUCCUCCUGCAGGUCCCUCUAUCGCCCUUCCCGCAGGUCCUUCGCUUCCCCCAGGUCCGACCCCAGGUACUGACAACCAUCGACCCGAACCCCCCACACUACCUCCCACCACCAGCAUGGCAUCGGGCGACAUGCCUGGCGUCCUGCGCAAGGUCUCGCUAACCAGACACAGCCCGAACAGUCCCGCCAAUGUCGGCCUGGUUGUUGAAACCCCCAAACCCGAGACGCCCGACCACCGCCCCGGUGGUGGCAAGGGCAAGGCCAAGGCCAAGACCAAGGCCGCCCCCGGCGGCCGCAAAUUCGGCGCCGCAGUUCCUAAGGCAACCACUGCCACCGGGCUGCGGACCAAGGACGCUAGCAAAAUGGUCGAGAACAUGGACCCUUACGACGCCCAACUCGUUUACACCGUCUGUAACUUCUCCAGAGCCGCAUGCAUCACCGACCCAGUAGAUGUGCCCUCGGUCCGACAACGAGACGAAGCCGUUGCCGCAUUCAUGCUCCUCUACUCCGCCAAACUACAAGCUGCAGGUCGGCAGCUGCCUGUGGCCACUGCGGCAGCGCAUCUUUGCAACCUGUCCGCCGGUCAGUUGGUCUCCGAAAAGAGCAAGAAGGAAGGGCAGAAGGUUGCCUUCUUGGCUCAGUUUGUGUGUAGGCCCCUCAUAUUAGGGGUGCAGGCGGCAGAUCCUGCAAAGGCUAAGUCGGACAUCUCCGACUGCCACUUCAUGCGAGGGGAUCCUCCUGUGAAUCUCAAGGACCGGCUGCAGCCUUGGUGUGACGAGGCGGCUGAGCACUGGACGUGGAGUACGGCUGUGGCGCUUUGGGAAAACGGCCGCGCAGAGACGCUCCUGACCGACCUAGUCACGGCCAUGGGCAACGGUCAACGGAAUCCGGCGGACGAUACCUUUCUGGCACCCCUUGCUGCAAUCAAGGACGUGAUCUCCUGCUGA